GUUCAAUCGGCAACAGUCUUUUGGUUUCUCUUAGCAGCCUUGUAAUUACUUUCUUUUAUCUCCCACUGGUUGGGCUGCCUUCCGUUCCUUAAUUGACAUUGCUGAGCAAUUACAUUGUGUUUACCUUCCUUCACACCUUGUAAUACAUUCCUUUCACGAGCCAGCCUCGAAGACAACCGACGAACAUUCCCUUGCGGACAACGACUUGACGACAACGUCUUACUAUCAACUGCCACUGUCUACUGUCUCUAUACACCUCAACAGUCCACAUCAACACCCACAGCCAACAUGCUUCAUCACCAGCCCCAGAUUCUCUCUCCUCUCAACGAGAUGGACUCUCAGUCUACCUCCUCCUCCAGCUUGCGAGCUCGGAAGAUGUCUGCCGGUGGAAAUAGGUCUUGGUCCGAAGAAGAGGAGAACUACCUCCUCCAGACCCGCAUGCAGAAGAUGCCCUACAAGCACAUUGCUGCUCAUCUCAAGAAGACCGAGUUGGCUUGCCGCCUGCACUUCCAUCAGUUGUCGCACGGAAGCCACCGCCGUAAGCGCACCUCAUCCGUGUCCUCCGCAACCUCGUCAAGCUCCGCCGGCCAAUCCCCGGCUUAUUCGAUGGCAGUGGACAAUGAUGAUUAUGUUCAAUCAUCCCGCCAUGGCUCCCCCAUGAGCUACAAUGGUGCUAGCCCGCACAUUCGUGCCGCCUCCAUCAGUGCUUCUCCCAACCGCAAUCAGCACAAAAUCCUUCUUCCCAAGCCGCGCCCGUUAACUCCGCGUGACUCUCCGGAGCCCCACAAUGCACUUCGCAUCAAUACUGAGAUUGUCCAUCAACCAAAGGUUGUUGACACUGACCGCCUCCGUGCCAUUUACGAGGCCCGCCGUCAACAGUUCUGGGCCAACAUUGCGGCUGACUAUGGUGCCGAUGUUAGUCCAGCCCAGCUUGAGGAGAUAUGGCGCUCUGGCUCUAACCCCGUCCGCCCUCCGACUCCCGACGCAUCUCCGGAUGGCAGCGUCAUGAGCAACCCUGUUCUGAAGCCUUCGCCUUUCCCUUAUGCGUCGCCUGUCCACAGCGAGCCUAGCAAGCACUACAGCCCCCUUAACAUCAGCGCUGUGUCCGCUCCCGAGCGAAUGCCGUAUGUUCUCCCUAUGCCGGUCCCGUCUGCUGGACGACAAAGGAGUGGCACCUGGAGCUCAGCUCCCCGGGAUAACGUCCCGAUUGCGAGUUUGUUGACGGAGGAUAAGAACCCGCGUGCUCAAUAGAUUUGGAAUAUUCCUCUAUCUCUCUAUUUACAAUAAAUCGACUUCAUGUCGACUUUCCUUCAGUUGAUCGAUUGAUUCAAUGUUUUCGAAUGUGGACGGCACAACUUUCAUUCUUACUUUCGUUAAUCCUUCUUGUACUUCACAUUAUUUUAUUUUGCUAUUUGGGUGGCAUACCAGCGAAUCAAGGUCGGUCUCAGACGGAAUGUCGCCGAUCUUGAUCUUGCCGGAGUUGGACGGCUUAGGUUUUUCUUCACCCACAAAGUUCAAGGGAGGCACUUGUACGAUAAUGAAGGGAGGGAGCUUUCGAGCCACUCGAGAAAUCACAUGUGCGCUCUGGAUAGAAACCUAGAAGCAACGAG